AAGGUUGCCUUCCCAACAACCGAAAGCGCAAAGCUUCUUUUUUCCUCUUCUUUAGACUACACUGCAGCCACAGUGACAGAAACAACAGCUCCUCAUCGCCCAAAAGGCCUUCUUCGGUUCACUUCAUUCCUCUUCACCACUGGCACAUCCACAGGAAAAUGACAACGCCGACAAGGACAGCACUCGCUCAGCUCAGGAGUGGCAUUGCAAGGAGCAUCCCUCGAUCUGCUAUCGGCGCAUGCUCCUCGUUGAGGCCACAAAUAUCACACUACCACCGCCACUCCACAGCACAACCAAACUCAAUAACAACAGCAGUAAAAACAAACCCAUCAUCAUAUCUACAGAAGCGAGCCUACAGCUCUAGACCUCCUGAAGCAGAGCACCACCAUCACCAUGUUCGAGCAAAAGUCACCCUGGCAACCCUCCGCAAGCUCUACAAACGCCGGGAGCCCAUCACCGUCAUGACCGCCCACGACUUCCCGACCGGCACCCUCGUCGACAAGGCCGGCAUCGACAUGACCCUUGUUGGCGAUUCCCUCGCCAUGGUCGCUCUCGGAUACACCUCCACCUCCGAGAUCUCCCUCGAUGAAAUGCUUCACCACUGCAGAGCCGUCGCCCGUGGUACCCGUUCCAGUUUCCUCGUCGUUGACAUGCCCUUUGGCACCUACGAGACCAGCCCCGAACAGGCCAUUGCCAACGCUGUCAGGAUCAUCAAGGAAGGAAAAGCCGAGGCUGUCAAACUCGAGGGCGGUAAAGAAAUGGCUCCAACAAUCGCUCGGCUCACUCAGGUCGGCAUUCCAGUCCUUGGCCAUAUUGGUCUCACACCGCAGCGGCAGGCCAGUUUAGGUGGAUACAGGGUUCAGGGAAAGACAGUUGCCAAGGCAAAGGCUAUGAUCGACGAUGCUCUAGCGUUGCAGAAGGCUGGGUGUUACGCAAUUGUGUUGGAAGCGGUCCCAGAGCCGGUCGCACGGCACAUUACGAAUGUGCUCUCGGUGCCGACGAUUGGAAUUGGAGCUGGAGCGGGUUGUUCAGGCCAGGUCUUAGUGCAGCAGGAUAUGCUAGGACUUUAUGGUCGUGUGCCUCGGUUUUGUAAGACCUAUCGUAAUCUUGCAGAUGAGAUCGUAGGCGCGCUCAAGGAGUAUAGUGCGGACGUGAAAUCGGGCGCGUUCCCAGCUGAGGAACAUUGUUAUCCGAUGCCACAAGAUGAGCUGGAGCGGUUUUUGAGGAUGAUUGAUAGAGAGCAGGAGGCGAAGGCUGCUCAGGAGGAGAGCAUCAAGAAUGAGCGGAAGGUUGCUGGACAGUCUUUGAAUCUCUAA